AAGAACUUUCGAAACAAAUUUGUUUAAGUAAAAAAAAACAUUAACUAUUCUGUAUGAACGUUUCUCUAUCGAAAACCAACCUAAAAAUUUUAAUUUAUUUUAUAUAGACGGACAGCAGCUAAAGAUUUAGCAUAUUAAAUUGAUAACAUCCGUUAGAAAUGAUGGAAUAAUUUAAUUAGAAUUUGCAAAAUUUAAAGUGUAACGAUUGUUGUCUAAAUUCAUAAAUUACCCGUAUUUACAAAAUGGCAAUUUUCUUUUAUUUUUAUAUAUAGAAAUAUCUUAAAUGGUGGGGCGACUCGGUGGAAUAUGAGAUAAACGGGGUCGGUUCCACCCGAUAGGACCGGGUAUCAAAUCCCAUCCGGACCGCGUCCCCUCGCAGCAAGAACUGACUAUCCUGUAACGUGGUCAAAAUAAGUCUUGGUUCGACCUGGCCCGUUCUUAAGACGCAAAAAAUGGAAAAAAAAACAUUAGAAAAAAAAUAUGUAAAAUGCCCUCCAACACCAAAAAGAUAUCAAAAAUUAUGUCCAUCCGUAAACAACGCACACUCGUUGUGCGGCUCGUGCGAUGUUUUAUGCUCUCACCGCAAUACUCCCGUACGCAUUCGUUCAUUCGUUUGCGGCAACCCUUCGUGAGCGGGCGUAAAGUGCUGUAGUGCGCAUUUUCGCAAACCCAUCAACAUUUCCGUCAUCCUUUCUAGAACCAAGCCAAAAAGGUGGUGCUCUUUCGGGAAAAACGUGCACAUGUGUGUGUGUGUGUAUUUGUUGUUGUGUGCGGGUGGCAGAGACCUCAACCUUCUAAAGGAACCGCUAGAAGGCAGAACGUCACUCGAACACGUGCGUCAUCAAGGAUGUGAGUGAAAAAAAAACACGAAAGAUUUGUUGCAAUCCGUGCAAAAUACGGAAAUGUGCAAAUUGCAUGUUGCAGUUAGCGUUAGUUACGAUCUAAUUAAUUUACAGUGAUAAGUGAUGAUUAGUGGAUUAGUGUGGGUGAAAACAUAAAUUUUUCUGGCUACGGUGCUUUUACUCGUGUACUUUUGGGCGUCUGAUUUGAAGUCCUUCUCUUGCGUAAGCUUUUCCAAACAUAAAAGUGCUUAAUGUCCUCAAGUGUGUGUGUGUGUGUGUGUGUGUGUGUGUGUGAAAGUGAUGAGUAAAAAUUUUUUAAAAUAAAACCAGAGUGUUUACACUAACGAAAGUGAAGAUUUUAAUUAUAAUUUAAGUGUUUUUGUCAAGCGUGAACAAAGUGCUAAGAGUGAAGGUAGAUAUCAAUUUUUACGGAUUUUACCAUAACGGACGCUUCAGAAAAAUUUUUGUCCAAUACGUCCGGUUGAAGAACCAUCCAAGAUAAAGGAUAUAGUAUUUCCGUGUUGACUUCAGCUGAAUGUAACGUCAUACUUUAAAGAAAUAAUUCCCCUCACGCGCAGUCUCGCCAAGCCACGACGUAAUGAUGUACUCUACAUAUCGAAGGCAACCACCGAAAGGAUUGCUCCAGAAUACGUAGCCCUGAGCAUUCCUACGGUUCGGCCGUCCAUUCGGCUACAAAAGGCAUCUAACAUGCACGGUUGUGCCGCAUCCUACUGCUCAAUCACUUUGUUGUUGGCUCUCGUCUUUGUUCUGUCAAAUACUUGCGCAAUUACAACACACUCAUAAGGACAAUCCUCUGAAGCGCCGUAGCAAUAGCGUCAUAGCGUAGUUAUACUAGCAGCAGCAUCACUAGAUUCAUCUUUUAGCAGCAACAUCUGCAAUAACCUUCAGGUUCUAAGUGUACUACUUCAUCCUCACGAUGUCAAUAACUGGUUCACUGGUGGGGUAUGAGAACGGCGGCGAUAUAACGAUGGUUUCCAAGAAGAACCGAUCAUUGCUCAACAUCACCGCCACCUCGACUGCUUCGUCCAAGCAAUGCCAAAGCCUCAACUCAAGCAUAUCGCACAGCAGCGUAGUGCUGACGAGCAACACCUCCACACAGUACGUGACCAACUCUGGCUCACUGCGGCGUUCAACACACGCGCCUGAUAUGAACCCCGGGAAGCAUCGACGCCGUCGGCUUCAUCUCAACACUCUCUGGUCCAUCUGGUACGGCAUACUGAUAACGCUUCUGCAGGGUUACCUGAUCGUGCAGGGCACUCACCGGUACAUUGGGCUGUCCGCACUGACCUGGAAAUAUGAGAAACCUACGACCGAGCUUGACAUCCAGAUCGUGUUCUGCGGUUUGGUUGUACUGUUUCUACCACUACUGCUCGCCUCGGCACUAUUUCGCGUGGGCAACCUUGCCAACGAUGGUAUGAAAUUGGCCUCCGGCACCAAACUCUGGCAUGGUUCAGCAUCGGCCGGCCAUGAUGGGCUGGAAGAGGAAGCAUUCGAAGGAACUUUACGCUCUCUUUGGAUUCAUGGUGGUCCAACAUCCGCCUUCAUACAUAUCAUCACGGCAAUCUGUCUGCUAUUACCUCGGCUGCUGCUCGAGGCAAAAGUGAUUGAAAAUGGGCUCCUGCCAAGAGAACACGUUUGGCGCACGGAUCUGGACUUUAUGGUUACCCACAGUGACCGGCUGGUGGUACUGUCGUUUAUGACCUCUUCCCCAACCUAUCCGAAUAUGAGCACGGCCCGUCCACCGAUGAGCGAACUGGAACGUAAGCUGUACCGAAAUGGGUACUUCGAGCAGAGUGAUCUGGUGGAGAAGUUUUCCGACUACGAUGACAUUGGAACGCUCGACACUAGCGAUGAAGCGUUCCGCACACACGAAGCACUCGAGAUGGGCACGCCGUUCGGGGGUAGCUCCUCCAUAGCUAUUUCCACGAUGGAAAACUUCAAUGGGGCAGGUGAAAAUCCAACUACACUGCAUACGCUACCACCGGUGCGUAACCUCAUCACAACGACAACGAACGCGCCCAGACUGAAGCAUCCAGCAUCUACACACGGUUCCGUACCGAACACGAGUCUCGAACGAGCCAGCAGCCGUGAAAGUCGCCGGAAAGAUCCAAACCGUACCAACCACCACCGCAAGUCAUCACACACGACAGCGAGCGGGAAGGGACACAUCGGAGGGAAGGCAAAAUCGCAUCAUGGUAACCACCAUCAACAUGGCCAACACCAUCAAGAGCAUCGAAACCGUUAUACCGAGGAGAUAGACACUCGGUUGGAGCUGGAAGAACAGCAGGAACUUGACUGGAGUUUGCUCAACCAACCCGAAGGUACACCAACCCUCAUCGAAACGUCCGCCGGAUCAAGUGGCAAAAGAGUGUCCACCAAAACGAAACCAACCGGCACAAGUUUACCUACAAUUGCUGCUCCACCCGGUACAACGAGAACUGCUGCGUCGAAGUCAGAUUCUAGUCAUCUGAAGCGUCCAACAACUGCUCAACCAAUGACCACCACAACCACCACCACCAUCACCACCAGCACAACUACCGUUGGUUCGAUUGUAACGAAAAAAACCACAGCCACCCCUUCGAAGGACAGUGACAUUCACAUCCUUAAACCGGUUAACCUGCCGGAAAACAUUAUUCCCUCAACACCGGUCACGACCAAUUCCAAGAUUAUCGAAAUCAAACCAAAAACAUCCACGACAACCUCGACCGGUUCAUCCGGCGCACUCUCGAGGGCAUCCUUGGUCAAUCGGAAAAGCAAACGUUCCGAACCGUUGAAAGCGAUGGAAACUUUCAGUAGUGAAAGUUUGGAAAGCAUCGAAAACAUCCCGAGUGUCGAUGAGGACGAGUUCAUCAUAAAGGAUGAGCACGGUAUGGAGAUCAAGCCAGCCUUUCUGAUUGGUGCUGCACCGGGCAAUCUUACCCUGCGCACGAUGCAGCUGUCGGGAUUUCCUGCCAUGCUGGCAAACAUCUUUGGAUCACCGAUCGAGCGUCAGUUUAGUGCUAGAUCGGCGUGGGCCGGUGUACCGAGCCUGGAGUUCGUUAAUCUUGCCAUUGCCCUAGCGGUGUGGGCCGUCCGCUAUCCGUCCGUCUUUUGGCAUACGUCCAAAUCGUUCGCCUGUCUGUUUAGUCUGCAGAUGAUUGCGAACGGUGCGGACAUACUGCUCAGUUUUGCCGGUGCCAGUGUGCUUUACAAGCUGCAAACGCUCGGUCAGGCAUUGCCACUGCAGGCACCGGCACUGAUCCUGAACGGGACGGUCACAAUCGCACUUACUAUCCUUGGGCUUAUCCUCACGAUAGCAUCCUCCAUGGUGCUGUAUCUGUACGGCCAUGGGAAGUUAGCGGCGAAGGUACGCGAUCGUCGCAUGAUCAUGGCUAAGCAGAGUGCCGACGUUUGGGCAUAUUUUGCCCACUGUUCGUCACUCUGCUUCGUGCUAGCACUGGCCGUCGUUAAGGCUCCACUAAUGCACGAUCUCAGUGCCACCUACCGGGGAAGUCUUGAUGGUGCUGUACUAGCGGCCGCUCUCGGCUCAGUAGUACAUCUAUUUCUGUGGAUCGUCUUGUGGCUAGGGCUGACGGCUAAACGUCGCUGGCACUUCAAACUGCCUCCACUGGAUGGUGGUCGACUCGUAGGUGCAGUCGGUGCCGCCAGUCAACCAUUGCUGCGUGGUAAUGGAAGCCUUCGCUCUCCAAAUGGUACACCGGUGAAUGCAGUACAGGGUGGCCAAGGUGGUCCCGGCACUGGUGGACCCGGUGGUCCCGGUGGAACGGGAUCGGGUGGCGAAGAGGAAACCAUCUACUGGCCCAAGAUAGCACCGAACUCACCGAAGCUCAAAGUAACAUUCAAUGAAGUAACCAGUACGUCCUCCGAACAUGCUCACGGUCCACAUGAACAUGGCAACAAGCGCCAUCCGUCCGGUGGAACCACGAUACGUAUGUCCAGUAUUACGGGGGAAGUUGAUGACGGAGACUACGCUACGCUAAGGGGCCCAGCGGGCGAUCUGCUUCAUCUCGGUCCGUACGAACAUCCUGCCCCUUCCGGAUCUCCUCCUCCUCCACCACCACCACCUCCCCAGCUGGAUGAUUGUGAUCUGCUCGAUGAGGCCAGCAACAGUAACACGCUCGUCGGUAGCGUUAACGAUCAUGCGGACGAUACAUCGGAAGAGGGCAAACUGCUCGCCUGUGUACGGGACGAUAGUGUUACCUACGCAUCCACACGAGAUCUCGAACCACCGAUCAGUCGUACAAUGUCACGCGAAACGUUCAUGCGAUCGCCGGAACAGCUGAGCAGUCCGCUUGCACCGGUCACCGUUACCGUACACAACCAUCUGGAGAAUGCUGUUCCCGGUUCAACACCACGCUGCCUGCGUCGGGCCGACUCUGGCAUGCCGACGGAAGCGCUUACUCCACGGUCCGAUUCCACCUCGACGGAAAGUUCCACGUCACCGCCCGAUUGUCGCGAUGCACCGUCGGAAACGUCCAGCGGCGUGCACUCGGGCGAAGAGCGCGACGAGGUGGUCAUAAGACCCCGGUCGGGUCCGUACAAAUCCAUCAUCAAGGCACCGCCACCCGCUAUACAGGAGGAACCGUUCGGGCGCUCGACCAACAUGAAGAUGUCUAGCUUCAACAAGGACGGCACUAGUGCAACGCUCCCAUUAACUCGCGGUGCCUCCGAUAUGCACCGACAGGACUAUCCGCAGUGCAGCACGAUGCCCCUACCGGCCGGGUAUCAUCAGCAGCAUCAGCAGCAUCACUAUCACUCGCAGACAUCCUUUACGCCACCACACUCCGGGUCGCGGCAACACAUCCAACAGCAGCAGCAGCGUACGACACUUCCGAACGAUGUACGGUACGCGACAUCUUCCAACCAGUUCCUCAAGCGGUUACCGUACAUGAAGAACGCCGAAUCGCCGUACGGGCAUCUGGGGCUCGGUGCUGGCCAUCAUACCUUCUCCAAGCUACUGCACGACCCGCUAGCAAUGCCGUCGGGUGCGGUUGGUAUGCCGGUGCACUCCCACUCCAACCAUAGCACGUUUUUGCCACCGGCCACCAUACCGGAGGAUCGCGAUUCCGCCAACUACUCGAUGAUAUCCGAUCAGGAUCGGGAAAUGUACAUAAACGCAUCACAGAUCAAUGGCAUGCAGAUGCAACAUUAGAAUGCAGGUGGUGUCCGCUGGUGCGCUGAUCUCACGUAACCAAAUUUUAUGAAGAAAAAUAACCCCUUAAUGGCGCACAACAUUGAUUCCAAGUUUGGUUUCGUUCCAUGUUUUCUGUACAAAGCCCAAUAUUAAUGAACAAACACACUCAUAGCGGUAUUGUAUACUUAGUAUUAGCUUAACUUAAUCACUUUUUUUUUGUUUAGGGACAAGUUCACGCAAUGCGGAACAUGUUUCGUGUACAUAAACCCGACUUAGUGUAGGUAUCUAACGAUCAUAAUAUUUGCGAUAUAAUGUUUCCACCCGAUUCGUUAUCGAUGGUGAAUAAGUCAUGCCAUGAAACCGUUCGAUCAUUCAUAGUGCCCGGGACGAUCUAAUCUUCUUCAGCUUUAAUCCUUUCCGCUAAAACCCCCCUUACUUAUUCUCCAAGCGAAAAGGAGUUCCUUUUCUGCUCCUGCUAAAAACACAUUGCCUCCCGCCCCGCAUUCCGUACUCAUACAUGUACUAUACAUAACAGCUUCGCAUCGCAUUAUGAUGUCCGGCUCGGAUUCGACCAUUAACCGAAACCAGUCAUAUCCUAACUAACAAUUGUAGACUGCAAACGCAAACGCAUAUCCGUAACAAUUUGACCACGAUGGAACAAUCCGAAUCUCGUCAUAUCACUGUUUUAUCCCGCCAUCACGUGUAGAGGACGUGUGUAACGAUCCAAGCAUAGCAAACGUAUAUUUUCAAAAACCCCCCGUAACCAUGAACGCGCAGUGUUUAACAGUUUCAAAGUCAACCAAAGAAAGGGCGGCAAAGUAUUUAGCCGUACGGAACAUGUAUUUUGAACGAUUUAUACUGCACUAUUAUGUAGCGCCAUCGGCCCAUCUCAACUGCACCAUUUCAUUUCAUCGUCACGAUUGUACAAACCGUGACAAAACCAUACCAUACAGGAACUCAAUCGAAACAACGGAAGCGUCCAAUCCAUUAGCGGGAGGAUCGCGGGCUAGACCCAGAUGAAACUCAGCAAACAUUUGCAGCAGAACAAGUAUUGUAAACCACAGGACAAUAUUAACAUGAGACCGAUUUUUCGCUUUCUACUUCGCAGCGCCUAUUUGGCGCACAACGGUAGUGGAACUGUAGCGUACAUAUAUAGUACUAGUAGAUGUAUUGUGGCAGGAUAUUGAACGUAAAUAGGCCGAACCGAAUCAAUAAACUACUAAAGCAUAUAGUAAAAGGGGACCGAGACCAGAACCCGGUUGGGGAACAACAUACAUAAUAAAGCAAAAGCACACAUAGACCCAUACACGAUCAUCAUCAUCAUCAUCAGUAAAUGAACGAGCUCAAUAAAUCGACUAAGGACACAUGCAAGAUGUGGCGGCAUUAGUAGUUUUGGAAGAGAAAUUUCAAUCCCAUUAACUAGUGCUACUUUCGUUUUGGUGGAGCAACCAAUUCGUUUAAUGUCUAAAUCAUUCUUCACUCGGUGUACGAUCCAAUCGAAAUCCGACGAAAUUGCAAUCGAAAUCGCGUAGUCAAAAUUUACAACCACAAUACGAACGAACACGUUUUUGUAAUGCAAAAUUUACAGCAAAAUCUAUCUAAAACGAUCUUUACACGCACGUGCUCAAGGUGUCAUAUGACUGUCGAGAUUUUGUUUUUUUAAUGUGUCCCUCCAAACCAUCCGGUAGGCAGAAUAUACUAUAUUAGACAAGUACCCUUUGUACGGAGGGACAUACAUAUGUAUCAGAUCUGUGCCGGCUUCCAGAAGGUCACCAGAAGGGUACCAGAAUUAUCUUAAUCACAAAAUGGUCAUCGAGGAAGAAUGUUCUGGAAUAGGAAUAAUCUACAGAACCAGAUUUACCGGAUGCAACUAUUACUGCUAUCAUUAGGUUCAGCUUUGCCAAAACGGGACGAUUAAAGCCGUACGGUGUAAGAGGAGGCUUUUUGGCAUUUUAAUUACGCUAAACAAAUGAUCUUAAAUGGAAAGGAUAUAACAAGAGAGAGAGAAAGAGAGAUCGAUCGCGAUAAGGAUCACAGUGGCGUCGGUAUUGCGUGCUUCAACAGGUUUAAAUAUGUAAGCAUCAGCGCUACUAACGCCGGGCUAACUAUGGUGGCCAAGUAGAUGAUGAUGGCCUGUAAAAGAGAAAAGCUUAUUUAUAUAUAGACCCAAAUAUAUAUAUAUACAUAUACAUAUACACUUAUCACCGUAAGGCGUAACAGGACGUGCGUAAGAUAAUGCAAAUGCUGUAAUCUCAUCACUACGUGAAGGAAAAAAAACACACAACCGAUAUAGGAUGAAUGAAAUACUGUAAUAUUUAUUUGUAAGUUUAUGUUCAAACCCGUUUUUAGUCAAUGUGGCAUAAAAUCGUACUUCUUUUUAUGUUAUGUACUUGUAAAGCAAAACUGGAAUGUACGUUCUCAUUAGCAGAAGAUGCAAAACAGAAAUGAAGCAGCGCAAUAAGUGCGAAGAAAAUGAAUCUGUACGGUAUGUUUGCUUCAAGAAAGGCAGACACACAUUGGCCGCAAUCAACAGUGAGUGGAAAAAAAGGAAUAAUUAAAAAAAUUGAAAUCCCAACAGUAACCACCCAAUUGGCAGUUUUAUUUUGCUAUUGUUAAUUUGUUUCAAAACUUUAAACAUUUAAUAAGUAGCUUUGCAGGCAUGCUGCUGAACGUGCCACCGGAUGGGGCUGAAUUCGAGUGUUUCGAAUUUGUCGCCAAUACCACUGAAGACUGAUUAGAUUGGGGGUUUUCAGCAGCAUGCCAAGCGACUCGCCGAACGAGCUUUCUUUGUGUCUUUCGCUCGUUUUGUUUUGUAGUUUUCCGCUCGUGCUCUUUUAAACUUUCUUAGCAUGGUAUGCAUUCUGUUUAGUUAAACGAAAGUUUGUUAACUCCGUUGUGAACUCUAGUAGGAAAUGUGCAGUAACGAAACAAAAUCAUACAAUUAUGUGACGUAUUAACCGUACAUCUAUAUGAUACGACAAAUAUGGUGCAAUUCCUUCGGCAGUGAAUGUAAAAAAAAACGCAACAUUGCUUCACUUCCGAUGAUCACUCCCCGUGGCAGAUUACAUUGUAACAUCAUUCAAAUUGUAUACAAGUACCAUACAUCGAGCGCCACAGCGUCACUGCCAGUGGCGACACUGUGUGGCGAACGAAGGCUGAUGUGAAACGCUAAUUCCCCGAAAGGAAAACCAAACCAAAAAACACAGAAAUAAACCACCGCUUUAUGUAAAUCUAA